AAAUUUGGACACCCAUAUUUUUGCACCCACGUUCUUCGCCAGACCCCUUCUCUCUCUAUAUAUCUGCCAAAACACUUUCUCUCUCUAAAGUUGAAACUUCGUCAGUGGAAGAAAACACGCACUAAAGUCCUUCAAAUUCAUCACUGAUCACCGUUAGUUCUUUGCCUUUUCUUCGCACUGUUCCAUCUUUUCCUCCUCCAGUUUGUGCACUCUUUUAAUUUCUGCAAUGCACCGAGUGGGUAGUGCGGGUAAUGCAAACAAUUCAACUCGCCCUCGCAAAGAGAAGAGAUUAACCUAUGUGUUGAAUGACUCGGAUGAUGCAAAGCAUUGUGCAGGCGUAAAUUGUCUUGCUCUGCUUACGUCUGCAGCAUCUGGUGGGUCUGAUUAUCUCUUCACUGGGAGCCGCGAUGGCAGGCUAAAACGAUGGGCACUAACUGAGGAUGCAGCAACAUGCUCUGCUACCUUUGAAUCUCAUGUGGAUUGGGUUAAUGAUGCUGUUGUUGUUGGUGAUAAUACACUUGUUUCUUGUUCUUCAGAUACAACCCUUAAGACAUGGAAUGCGUUGUCAGUUGGAACUUGUACUAGAACACUCCGCCAACACUCCGAUUAUGUUACUUGCCUUGCAGCGGGUGGAAAAAAUAGCAAUAUUGUUGCCUCUGGUGGCCUUGGUGGGGAGGUAUUUAUAUGGGAUAUUGAGGCUGCACUCACUCCAGUCUCCAAGGGCAAUGAUGCCAUGGUUGAUGAAUCUUCAAAUGGUAUCAAUGGUUCUGGCAACUUACUACCGUUGACAAACUUGCGAACUAUUAACACAAGCAACAGUGUAUCCAUGCACACUACUCAAACUCAUGGAUACAUUCCAAUUUCUGCCAAAGGCCAUAAGGAUUCUGUUUAUGCAUUGGCUAUGAAUGAAAGUGGAACAAUCCUUGUCUCUGGUGGCACAGAAAAGGUUGUGCGUGUCUGGGACACAAGAUCGGGAUCAAAGACUCUCAAGCUAAGAGGGCAUGCUGAUAACAUCAGGGCCCUGCUUCUGGAUUCAAGUGGAAGAUAUUGUUUAUCAGGAUCUUCAGACUCUAUGAUAAGACUUUGGGAUAUAGGUCAGCAAAGAUGUGUGCAUUCUUAUGCAGUUCAUACGGAUUCUGUUUGGGCACUAGCCAGCACCCCUACAUUUAGUCAUGUUUAUAGUGGCGGUAGAGACUUUUCAUUAUACUUGACAGAUUUGCAAACAAGAGAAAGUAGUUUGCUUUGCAUGGGUGAGCAUCCUAUUCUUCAAUUGGCUUUGCACGGUGAUAGCAUAUGGGUCGCAUCAACAGACUCUUCAGUUCAUAGAUGGCCUGCUGAAGGAUACAACCCUCAAAAGAUUUUCCAGAGAGGCAAUUCUUUUUUAGCUGGAAACUUGUCCUUUUCAAGAGCAAGGGUGUCACUAGAAGGAUCUACCCCUGUUCCUGUAUAUAAAGAACCUACUUUAACUAUCCUGGGCACACCUGCAAUAGUACAACAUGAAGUUUUGAAUAAUAAGAGGCACGUGCUGACAAAGGAUGCAUCUGGUUCAGUGAAGCUGUGGGAGAUUACCAAAGGUGUUGUGAUUGAAGAUUAUGGAAAGGUUUCCUUUGAGGAGAAAAAAGAAGAGCUAUUUGAGAAGGUUAGCAUUCCUGCAUGGGUCACAGUGGAUACCAGGCUUGGAAGCUUGUCAGUUCAUUUGGACACUCCCCAAUGCUUUUCUGCAGAGAUGUAUUCAGUUGAUCUUAACAUUGUAGGCAAGCCUGAAGAUGAUAAGGUUAAUUUGGCUCGAGAAACCCUUAAAGGACUCUUAGCUCAUUGGUUGAGAAAACGAAAGCAAAGAAUGGGAUCCCCAGCUCCAGCUAAUGGGGAGUUAUUAUCUGGAAAGGAUAUUGCUUCUAGAAGUCUUACCCAUUCAAAAAUUGAGGUUGAUGGUAGUUCUGAGAAUGAUGCUAUGGUUUAUCCUCCAUUUGAAUUCUCAGUUACUUCCCCUCCUUCCAUUAUUACUGAGGGCACUCAUGGAGGGCCAUGGAGAAAAAAGAUUACUGAUUUAGAUGGAACUGAGGAUGAGAAAGAUUUCCCCUGGUGGUGUCUGGACUGUGUUUUGAAUAAUCGGUUACCUCCCAGAGAAAAUACUAAAUGCAGUUUCUAUUUGCAUCCUUGUGAUGGUUCUCCAGUCCAGAUCCUCACACAAGGGAAGCUAAGUGCCCCACGUAUAUUAAGAAUUCACAAAGUUAUUAAUUAUGUAAUAGAAAAAAUGGUACUGGACAAACCUUUGGAUAGCUUAAAUGCUGAUGCUAGCUUUGCCCCUGGACUUUCUGGGUCACAGUCACAACAUCAAGCAGUUGGUGAUGGAUCUUUUCGAUCUGGAUAUGCUAAGCCUUGGCAAAAGCUUAGACCUUCUAUUGAAAUAUUGUGCAACAACCAGGUGCUGUCUCCUGAUAUGAGCUUAGCCACAGUGAGAGCUUAUGUAUGGAAAAAAACAGAGGACUUAGUCCUGAAUUACAGAGUUAUACAAGGCAGGUGAACUACAGUUGCAUGUGCAUCAGAGGUUUUCUUAUGAUUGUGUGAAAUACUUCUUAGCACCGAUUCUUCUUGGGUUGCCUGCAUUGAUCGGUGGCAUUUUAAGAAUUUGUAAAUCCUGAUCUAUCAUUUAUCACCAAAUUUUGUGACAUUCUCCAAACCUGCUUGGAUAGUUUUUUUCUUUAAUGGAGAGCUGUUACUAUAAAUUUUGAAUUAUAUCUUAGCUGGUGUGCCUACUUUUGAUGGAUAUGGCGGCGGCAUGGGUGGUCUGCAUUUGGCAAGAUGAAGGUUUUUAAUCUACUCUGAUGAGAAUUAAUCAUAUUGGCAUAUAUUGAGGUGUACUUCAGGAAUCAAGUAGUUGAUUUAGAGAUGAAAACAAAACAUUGUAAAUUUAAAUUGUACGUUAAAUGUUUAGUCAUAGAAAUUAUGCUGUUUAGAUGUAUGUUUACAUCCUUUUUGUUAUUUUUUAAUGAAUUUUUUUUUUAAUUUUGUCAUCCGAUAUCCAGUGUUUUUCUUGGUCUUGUGUUCUUAUCUUGUCAUAUUUGAGAUUGAGUAUAUAUUCAACGU